UGUUACUCGUAUACUUUUAAAUUGAUUAAUUCUUUAUCUAUUCUUUUGAUGUGCGUCUUUAGUAAGAAUGACAAUAUGAGAAGGAACCUUCCUUAAGCAAAAAGAAUUUCCCAGAAGUAUUCCGCGUAUGUAAUAUCUUCCAUAUGGAGCUUUCAAUGCUUGUUGCAGCAUUUGGACGUUUUGAUUCGCGUCGCGCCAAUGCCGAGGAUGAUGGAUCUCGACGAGAAGACUCGCUCGGACACGGGAGACACUUUAGUACUCCGCCAACCUCCCAGUACUGUGCGCGCACGUAUGCUGAUCGUGCUUUUUCACGGGGAAAUAUGAUCCUUUGUACGCGGCGGCACGCGCCGCGAUUUGCGAAUGGAGUGAAGAUCGCUGCGAGCCGCUGCACGUCGAGAAUAUCGAAACGCACCACACUUCAUGCGACUCGCGCCAGCAUGAUCGCCGCGCGAAUGGUUCUUGCGACCGACGAAUCGGCACAUUGAUUAAAUGCCUUCGAUCAACGCAGAGUUACAAGGGCGCAAAGAACACUCAGACACGAAGAAGAAAGGAUCGCGAAUUGUCAGAAUAAGUGUGUCCGCGCCAAUGGGCGCGCGUGUUCGCGCGCGGCCGUCGCCAGCCGCUAGCGUCGCGUCAGUUCGAUCGCGGAGCGACGAAUCAAAGGGUAGGAGAUGGUGGUGAGCGUGCCGGUGAGCGCGGUCAUAAGAAACGAGCGGCAGCCGGCAGCGGCAGUUCGGCAAUUGCGGCCCGGCACGUUAGGUGUAUAUGUGUAUCUGUCGCGUGAGACGCUUCUUGCCACGUGGUGAUACGCGACCGCGUGCGUUUGCAAUUUCUUUCUUUUUCUGUUCUUUAUCCAUUUUCCGUUCUCGUUUAUCUUCUUUAGCUUCCGCUUUCCCUCCGCCUUGACCACAUAUGUCACCGUUAACCGCAUCGCAUGCAUUCGCGGUAGUGCCCACGCGGCACGCCGCGGCAACCGUUGCUCAAGCACUUCGAGUAGUCGCGUGAAAACGUGCGUGACACUCGCGCGCGCGCGCGUAUACGCGCGUGCUCCGAUUUCGAAAAGAACUUUUAACACGACGCACGGAAGAUGCCGGACAAGGUAGCGCCGGCGGAAAAGUCGGUGUUGUCGCAGUCCAAAGAUGCGAGAUCCAACAGCGACGAAGGUAUCAAAUUGAAAAAAGAAUUGGGUUUGUGGAACGGCGUGGCGAUCAUCGUCGGUAUCAUCGUCGGCGCCGGUAUCUUCGUGUCACCCAAAGGCGUGCUUAGGAACAGUGGCAGCGUCGGCCAGGCUCUCAUUGUCUGGAUUUUUUCCGGGAUCCUGUCGCUUAUCGGAGCCCUAUGUUAUGCCGAGCUCGGUACGAUGAUCCCCAAAUCAGGCGGCGAUUAUGCAUACAUUAGCGAUGCUUUCGGACCUUUGCCAGCGUUCCUCUACCUUUGGGUCGCCUUGUUCGUCUUGGUGCCAACAGGGAACGCAAUCACGGCCCUCACGUUCGCACAAUACAUACUGCAACCUGUAUGGCCUGGAUGCGAGCCGCCGUAUGCAGCGAUUCGAUUACUCGCUGCUGUGAUCACAUGUCUGUUAACCGUCAUUAACUGCUAUAAUGUUAAAUGGGCGACCAGAGUGCAGGACAUCUUCACUGGUACCAAAAUCUUCGCUCUGGUAAUCAUCAUGGUAGCCGGUGUUUGGUGGCUCUGCAUGGGCCACACGGAAAACUUCCAACAUCCGAUGUCUGGCACUAAUACUCAACCCGGUUACAUCGCUCUGGCAGUAUAUUCCGGACUGUUCUCUUAUUCAGGCUGGAAUUAUCUCAACUUCGUGACGGAGGAGCUAAAAGAUCCCUACAAGAAUCUUCCAAAGGCGAUUUGUAUAUCACUGCCGUUGGUGACAGUGAUUUAUGUUUUCGCGAACAUUGCCUACUUUGUCGUACUCACGCAGGAUGAAAUACUCGCGUCGAAUGCUGUCGCUGUUACCUUCGGCGAUAAACUAUUAGGCGUUAUGUCAUGGAUAAUGCCGUUUUUCGUGGCAUGUUCGACUUUCGGAGCAUUGAACGGCGCGAUUUUUGCGUCGUCCAGGUUGUUCUUUGUCGGUGCCCGAAACGGACACCUCCCCACUGCCAUUGCUUUAAUUAAUGUUCGCAACUUGACGCCGAUGCCAUCCCUCAUCUUUCUCUGCAUUAUCACCCUGAUACUCCUCAUCAUAGAGGAUGUCUACGUACUAAUAAAUUAUGUCAGCUUCGUUGAGGCUCUAUUUACCACACUGUCCGUGUCUGGUUUAUUGUGGUUACGUUACAAAAAGCCCGAUCUCCAUCGUCCGAUAAAGGUUUCUAUCAUUUUGCCAAUCAUUUUCUUCAUAAUCUGCGCAUUUUUGGUCACUUUUCCGUGUUAUGUCUCGCCAUGGGAAGUAGGUAUAGGCAUAAUCAUAAUUCUAUCUGGCAUUCCCGUGUACUGUAUAUUCAUCGAUUGGAAAAAGAAGCCCGCUUGGCUCGUCAAUGUAUCCUAUAAUUUCAACGUAGCAUGCGCAAAACUAUUCAUGUGCGUGCAAGAAGAUAGGACAGCGUGAGUGCUCAAAACUCGCAGUAAUCUUUACGACAAACUCCGAACUGAGACAUUCGAAUUUAAGAGUGCAUUUCGCACGCGUCGUACUUUUCGUAGAUAGAUAGAAUAUAUAGUUCUGAAUAGAUACGAUGUUAUCGUCCUCUAUCAAACAAUUGCAUGAUUGCAUAAGUAUUAACGAUAAUGCGUGAAUGACCA